GCCUUAUAGACAAAUUAUUAUCUAAUAAAAUAACAAUCAAUCGGGGUCCCUCUCUUAAAUGAUAAGGAUAUAAAGUAUUAUUAUUGUUUAAAUUAACAACUAGUAGAGAUUAAAUUGACAUAUGCUCGCACGUCCUCUUUCAUACACAACCCCUCUUCUUCUCCACCUUCUCUCCAUUUUCUCUUUCUCAUAUCCCUCUCUCUACUUCUACUCAUCUUCCUCCUUCUGCAACUCACAUCUUUCCAGAAGCAACCAAGAUCAACGAAAUAUCCGAUUCUUGAUCGAUAUCAUCGAUCGACGAUCCUUCUUUCCUCGUUUAAUUUCUUGUAAAUAUUUAACUAUAGUCUAUAGAAAACAUAAACAUGAAGCGAGGUCUAGAGAUGGCGAGAAGCUACAAUGAUCACGAAAGCAGUCAAGAAACCGGACCCGAAUCACCGAAUUCUCCAACCUUCAACGCUGUCAUCUCUUCUCAUUCACCUAAACGAAGCAGGAGAUCCAUAGAGAAGAGAAUAGUGAACGUACCGAUGAAAGAAAUAGAAGGAUCUCGGCACAAAGGCGACACAACUCCACCGUCAGAUUCAUGGGCCUGGCGUAAGUACGGCCAGAAGCCCAUUAAGGGAUCUCCUUACCCUAGAGGUUAUUACCGUUGUAGUAGCACAAAAGGUUGUCCAGCGAGGAAGCAAGUCGAGAGAAGCAGAGACGAUCCAACGAUGAUCCUCAUCACUUAUACCUCUGAGCAUAACCAUCCUUGGCCUCUCGCUUCUUCUUCUAGGAACGGACCCAAACCCAAACCCGAGCCCAAACCCGAACCAGAAGAAGUACCCGAGGUGGAGCCGGAGGAGGAAGAUAACAAGAAGUUUAUGGUUCUUGGGAGGGAGAUCGAAACGGCGCCGUCUUGUAUCGUCGACGAGUUUGCGUGGUUUAGUGAGAUGGAGACAACGUCUUCGACGAUUCUCGAGAGUCCGAUUUUCUCAUCGGAGAAAAAGACAGCUAUCUCGGCAACGGCGGAUGACGUGGCUGUGUUUUUUCCUUUAGGAGAGGAGGAUGAGUCUUUGUUCGCCGAUCUCGGCGAGUUGCCGGAGUGUUCGGUGGUGUUUCGUCACCGGAGUAGCGUAGUGGGGUCACAAGUCGAGAUCUUUUGACACGUGGUGGUAUUUUAUUGGAUAUUGUUGUCGCUCACAUGGGAGGCGUUGUACGCACGGCGUUUUUAUUUUUUUAAAGUUUCUCAACGGUAAUCAAUAAAUUAUCAUAAGACUCUCUCUAUACUUAUUAUUACAAAAAAAAAAAAAAGUAUGAUUCGAUUUUGUAAUAUCUUUUUCGUUACUACUCUCUACUCUUUGAGAAAUUCGCCUUAAUUUUUACUUACUUUUUCGGAUCUUGUUCAGUUAUAACUUUGUGGGUUGAAUUGCAAUGUAGUUAGCUCAAUAAAAAUGGCUGUCAUUUUUAUGUAUAUGUAACUGAUGUCAAUUUUAUUUGUAUUUUAACAUUGAUUGGUCAAGAGUAGCACACUGAGAAGUGAAAGCUCAUUUGUCAUGUCAACAAGAAACUAGCUAGUUUUGUAUUAUUCUUUUUUUUUUAAUAAAGGGUUUAGUUUUGUAUUA